CUGCGCUGAGUCGCUGACAGAACCUGACCAGGUAAGGCCAGUCCCGAGUAGUCUCUGUUGCUGACCCUAUACGCAGAAGAUAUUCGUAGGUACCGCCGACCCAUAUUUGUAUCUGCUGCUGGCUAGACCUGGAACACAUAAGACGCUGUGCUCUCUAGCUAGAGAAUAUGACUUGAGAUAGCCUCCACGACUCAAGUUGCACCGAAGACAUGUAACGCUCAAAGCUUCUUCUAGGUUUUUAUGCCCUCAGGCUCUCCUCUCUGAGAACUUCACAUGCGCUCUGUUGCUAUUGCACACGUCGCUAUUGCCGCCUUAGAACUCGACAUCGUCUGCGAGUUGCUGCAUGAUACCGCGCCCUCGCUUCUGCAUUCAGACGUGAAGGUUCUCGAUGGUCAUGAAGAACCACGGGAUGCAGGAGUUGCGGACCAGAAGGAGGGGUCGAGGGUAGGGCUGAUGAGGGACGUGAUCUGUUAGGGAGAAUCAAAAGAGAUUGCAGCCAGCGACGCUCUACUACGCACCGUCACCGCCCGCUGAUUCCGACGUAUAUCUCGAACAAUUUCACUUACACCGUCAAACAUUUUCCUUGCACGUCCACAUAAAGUGCCUGCGUGAGCAUUUUCUCCUGGCUUUGAUUAUUUUCAAGUUUCAAAUCCCAUUCUUUUGGAAAACCAACUUCAAACUCCCACGAAUGGGAGCAUACAGGGGAAUAAACAGCAUUCGACACGUGGCCUGAAAAUAUACAGUACAAGCUGUGGCAUGAAAACACGAGCGCGCAGCGCUCGCCGUAU